CAAAAAACCCUUCGUUUUUUAGUUUGCCAGAGGGUGUCGCUGGAGCGCGGAUCUUUGUUCUGAUCACCUUAGCAACAGACUGUAAAUACAUUUGCAGGCUUUCGUUGUAGGCACUAUUUAUAUUUGUGUUUUUAUGAACAUUGAAAGAUACCGUUAACACAAAUAGAGGUUUUCAUGUGUGACAUCAUAGAGCGGAUUGACUGGUAAUUAUUCACGGUUUAGUGAGGAGAGAUUAGUCUGCAAAGCCGGGCGAUAUACACACAGCAAAGUUCGGAUUGUGUGAGGCAAGAAAUAACGAGGCUCCAGAGCAGCUGAAAUCUUGAAGGCCAGGGUGUGCUACUGAGCAGAAAGCCAUGGGGCUUUUUGACAAGCUUGCUGGGUGGCUGGGCAUAAAGAAGAAAGAGGUUCAUGUGCUGUGCCUUGGUCUGGACAACAGUGGCAAAACUACCAUCAUUAAUAAAUUAAAACCUUCAAAUGCGCAAACACAAGACAUAGUUCCAACCAUUGGCUUCAGCAUUGAGAAGUUUAAGACUUCCAGCUUAUCGUUCACGGUUUUUGAUAUGUCUGGCCAGGGAAGAUACAGAAACCUCUGGGAACAUUAUUAUAAGGAAGGCCAGGCUAUCAUAUUUGUUAUUGACAGCAGUGACACGUUAAGAAUGGUUGUUGCCAAAGAAGAACUUGAUACCCUCCUAAAUCAUCCGGAUAUUAAACACCGACGGAUGCCUAUUUUGUUCUUUGCAAACAAGAUGGACCUCAGAGAUGCUUUGUCUUCGGUGAAGGUUUCUCAAUUGCUAUGUCUUGAGAACAUCAAAGAUAAACCCUGGCACAUCUGUGCCAGUGAUGCUCUAAAAGGGGAAGGUCUGCAAGAAGGUGUGGACUGGCUUCAAGAUCAGAUCAGAAUGAUGAAGACGUGAAAGGCCUGUAGGAGCAUGCCACACAAGAAUUUGAUGAAGCUGAGUCCACCCUCCAUCAAUAUCAAGCUGUUUACUUUUAAAUUGGAGCAUAUACUUAGAGAGUAAAUGGAAACCAGGAUCUAAGCCACCUGCAAUGUGCAGAGACAAAUAACAUCUAACAACAUUUCUUCAUAAUACUGUCUGUAACUUUUAAUUAAAUCUGAGACAAGUCCAUCCACUUUAUUCACUUUAGAGAUGUGGCCAGCAGGAGCUCUUUAAGUUAGAACGGAGAAGCAGAGAUAUUUAUUGCUUACUUUUCUGAACAGGUAUUAUUUGGCUAUUCACAGCUUGAUAGUUUCCUGAUCCGUAAGAGCAUCUUUCACUUAAAACAACUGGAAAACACAUACAGAAAUCCAGUAUAAAUGUCAUAAAAUAACUAUUCACCUGGAUUCGCUGCUGUACUGUUAAUAUGUCUAAGAAAACUAAUUUUGUUUGGAAGUAGGUAUUGGAAGUAUUGGACCAUGCUAUGUAGAGGCUAUACAUAUGUAAAGGUGCUGUUUGUUUCCAUGUGUGUCCUUAUGGCUUAGUUUGAGUGUCUUUUAACUAAAUAUUAAAUAUGUAAUGUGUGUGUAUAUGUGUGUGUGUGUGUGUGUGUAUAUAUAUAUAUAUAUAUAUAUAUAUAUAUAUAUAUAUAUAUAUAUAUAUAUAUAUAAAUGUGUUUGUUAUUAUUUACAUUCUUAUGUUUGUGUUCUUAAUAAUGGGAGUAUUGUAAUUUAUAUGACACUAGUGCAUUUAAAGCAGCUCAGUAAAUUGGAUGGUGACAGGAUUGCUAGAAUACUGUACUUUACACAAUUCAAUAAAGUCAUAUUUACUGGCACUGUAUUUUGCAAAAUACUUUCUUCUUUACAGUAGGGCAAAAUCAAUUAUGCUAAUUAUAUGUGUGUAUAUUGUGCAUAAGGAUUACAAAUUUGUUUUAUUUGUUUUUUUAAA